UCGAGGGAAGCUGCACCACCUUCCCCAACGCUUCGGAACGAUGCGGGGAGCCCAAACACCGUUUUUUCUACAACGUCACCUCCAAGAGCUGCGAGCCUUUCGUUUACCACGGGUGCCCCAGGAACCGCAACCGCUACCACACCCUGGAGGAAUGCAAGCGCUACUGCGGACAGAUUGAAAAGCCGGGCUACUGCCCGCCGAGCCCCCGGGGCGCCAUGGUGCCAUGCCUGGCAGAGUGCUUGCACGACGGAGGCUGCAAGGAGACGAAGAAGUGCUGCUCCUACGGCUGUUCCUUGCGCUGCGUGGAGCCCGUCACAGACCUCUGCCAGCUGCCUGUGGAAGAAGGCCCUUGCGAUUUAAAACUACCACGCUGGUUUUACAACCCGAAGACCCAGCGGUGCCAGAAGUUCGACUUCGGGGGCUGUGCAGGGAAUGCCAACAACUUCAAAAAGCGUCGUUGGUGCCGGCUGAGGUGCCGCAUGAGAGGUUUUCCAGGCUCUCCCUAAGGGCUCCGUGGAGGGAAGCUCGGCCUGCUUCUUCCUGCUGAACCAAGAGGGAUGGGUCAGGACGAGGCCAGGCGCAGGGAGCCUCCAGGCGCCUUUGGAAGGAAGGGAAUUCUGGAAUAAAUUAUUGCCCGGAGGAGACGGUGGUCCUGGACGCUGUGCCUGUGCUCAGAAGAGUGCAAAGACUGCUCCACCUUCAAAGCACGGAAUUUGCCAGACCUGCCGGGCACCUUUCUGGUACCCUCUCC